AUGCGAAAUGAUAGCCGCAUCAACAGCCCCGGCACCAACAAGGCGGCCCAGGGCGGAGAUGGCAGCUUUAUUGGAUGGAGCUCGCCAUCUAAACCCAUGAAAUGCCCGCUGCCCGAUUGCACCUGCGUCAUUCGACCGGACGAAUGGGAAGAGCAUCUGCAGCUGCAUGAGAUCGAAAGCGCCCUGCGGCAGGGCGAGAAGGAACGACACGACAAGCGCGAGGCGAACGACUUUGACCUCUUGCAGCGAUACAAUGGUGGGCUCCUCGAAGAGGCCGAGAUGUACUCGCCCGUGGAUUCGCCCUCUCUUUCCGCCCCCUCUCCGACGCAGUCAUCCUCGGUGCAAAAAGGAGCCUACGUGAAGCAGUACAUACGCAGUCUCGAACGAGACUGUGGUGCGCACCGUCUGUCGCUCGUGGAAGCCUUCAAGAAGAAGGACAAGCUCAUGCAGCUCAUGCAAGGACCCGACACAGAGACGUUGACCCCUGACGUCAUACCCGCCUUGAAGGCCUGCUACCAAGGUCGGGGCAUGUAUGGAAUCGGCAAGGUCAUGAUCUGCUCUGCUGCAUCUCACUACGCCUACGGCCGGGGGGACGACGGCUGGGGCUGCGGCUAUCGCAACAUCCAAAUGAUGUGCUCCGGCCUCAUGAGCAACGAAGUCUACAAGGCCGUGCUGUUCGAGGGCAAGGGGCACAUACCAAGCAUACCGGUCAUCCAGGCCUUCAUCGAACAGGCCUGGGCCAGGGGCUACGACGAAGAGGGCGCCAAGCAGCUCGGCUUUUCGCUUUCGGGCGGAAAGAAAUGGAUUGGAUCCAUGGAGUGUGCGGCGCUUCUGCGAUCGUUCGGGAUCGAUUGCACGGUCGUCGACUUCUUCCGAGCCACCGGUCCCGAUGGCACUCACCCAGAACUGCUCAACUGGGUCUGGAACUACUUCUCCGCCUACUACUCUUCCCCAUCAUCGCCGCCUUGUCCCGACAAGUCCAACCACACCAACACAACACUCGACUCAUUCUUCCUACAGCCGUCCUCCUCCUCCUCCUCCUCUUCCAGCAGCGCGCCCCCCUCUCUCUACUCCACAUCCACGAUUCCCUCGGGAGCGCAUGCGCGGCCUGAACGAAACACUCGAUUACUCUCCGACGUGGCCAAGAAUCUGGAGUCGUCACAACGCACCCACAUGGGCCGCCGACCCUCGGGCGGGUCGUCCUCGUCCUCCCCGUCUCUCUACUCCUCCACGUUCGUCCCGCCGAUCUUCCUCCAGCACGAGGGUCACUCGCGAACCAUCGUGGGGAUCGAAAAGCGCAAAAACGGCACCCUGCACCUCCUCAUUCUUGAUCCGGUGCACACGGGCCAAAAGGUGACUACGACGCUUGCCGCCCGACAGCGGCGCAUCUUUCGACACUCGAUCAAUGGCCUCAAGCAUCGCCAGUACCAGCUGGUCGCCGUGGAGGCCGCCCACGCGUGCCGCCUCAUGUCGCUGCAGGAGAUGGAGGAGAGCAAGAUCCUGCGGACCGUGCGCAUCCCCUCCUCCCACUCCAACAGCUAA